CAUCACUGCUUCAAGACUGACACAAGAAUCGAGUAGAGUAAUAUAAGUAAUGUCGACUCCUGGCGACAGUAAUAUGGGGAAUGAUAGCAGCGCAGGGAGCAGUGGUGGAUUAGGCGACGGUAGCGGCAAAUUUAAUAAGCAUCCGCCUACAAAUGUGCUGCAGAGAAUGACUGGGAUAUUAGAAGAUAAGAGCAAUGAUUACAUGUGUCCGAUUUGCUUCGAUCUUAUUGACACAGCGUAUAUCACACGUUGCGGACACACGUUUUGUCAUCAUUGUAUUGUAAAAUGUUUAGAGAUUAAGGACCGUUGCCCGAAAUGCAGUUUCACGUUAAGCGAACAGGAUAUUUUCCCAAAUUUCCUAUUGGAUGAGCUAGUUUCCAAGUAUAAAACAAGAACUAAAGGUCUCGCUCAGCUAGGCUCAUACGCGGAUAAUGGUAGGCACAGAGCGGCGGGUAACGAUUCAUCGGCACCGACAUCUGACGGAUUGAGGAGCAUUGUAGCAGCGGAGAGCGCCAAUCUCACUCUACCCGACGUAAAUGUGAUGUUGGAGGUGCUGACUCAACGAAAACAUUUGCUCGAGGCAGAGACUUGUACGGCACAAAACAAGCUUUUACACGAGUUCCUCAAACACUUGCUGCAACAAAAAGAAGAGCAAAAGAAUCAAUUGCAAAAAGAAGUGGCGUUGAUCAAGAAGGACAUGGAGGAAGUGGAGAACAUUCUGAAGGAUGUUCAGAGCAAGUGUCCACGGGUAGAGGACGUCAAGAAGGCGAGUGAGAACGAUACCGCACAAGUGUCAGCCAUUAGACGAGAGAUGCUCGGUCUUAUAGAUAUAAUAGACUCAAAUAUGAUAAAACCUAGUGAGAAAGCUACCGACACCUUCACCAAUCCAAGUGUCAGUCAGCCCGGUGGAUCGACGCUAGCCAUCCGCAGAAAGAGGCUGCACGCUCAUUUCGACGAUUUUGUUCAAUGCUAUUUUGACUCUCGCGGCAAAGAAUUGCUACUCGGUCAGAAAAUACAGUCUCAGAGCGAAGCUCAACAGCACGGCGGAGUGCACAACACGAGUUCUGGUCUAGACAUCUUUCGCGAGAAUCUCGUCAAGUUCUCAAGGUACAAUUCCCUUCGUCCACUGGCCACCCUCAACUAUUCGUCGGAUCUCUUCAACAACUCAACCAUCGUGUCCAGUAUUGAGUUCGACAAAGAUAACGAAUUUUUCGCAAUCGCCGGUGUUACGAAACGUAUCAAAGUAUUCGAUUAUGGUGCGGUUAUUCGAGAUACCGUCGACAUUCAUUAUCCCUGCGUUGAGAUGGUUUCUAGUUCCAAGAUUUCGUGCGUCUCUUGGAAUUCUUUUCACAAGGGAAUGCUUGCGUCCUCGGAUUACGAAGGCACUGUAACGGUAUGGGAUGCGAUGACCGGUCAGAGAACAAAGGCGUUCCAAGAGCACGAGAAGAGAUGUUGGUCGGUCGAUUUCAAUGAUGUGGAUACUAGAUUGAUCGCAUCCGGCUCCGACGAUGCCCGAGUCAAAUUGUGGGCAUUAAAUACCGAUUAUUCCGUGGCGUCAUUAGAAGCGAAAGCAAACGUAUGCUGCGUGAAAUUUAAUCCACGCAGCUCAUGUCAUCUGGCAUUCGGCUCUGCGGAUCACUGCGUACAUUAUUACGAUUUGCGCAACAUGAAGGAAGCACUGUGCAUAUUCAAAGGCCACCGCAAAGCCGUCUCUUAUGUCAAGUUCAUCAACAAGGAGGAAAUUGUAUCAGCCAGCACGGAUUCUCAGUUGAAGAUGUGGAACAUAAAUAAUCCACUUUGUUUGCGAUCGUUUGUCGGGCAUGUGAAUGAGAAAAACUUUGUCGGACUCGCCACUGACGGCGAUUACGUGGCCUGCGGAUCAGAAAAUAACGCAUUGUACGUGUAUUACAAAGGAUUGACGAAGCAGUUAUUCUCGUACAAAUUCGAUGCCGUUCGAAGUAUAUUGGAGGUACAAGACAGAAGAGAAGAAGAUCUGAACGAGUUUGUAUCUGCGGUGUGUUGGAGGCAGAUGUCUAAUGUCGUAGUAGCCGCUAACUCUCAAGGAAUUAUCAAAAUAUUAGAACUUGUUUGAGACAAGUAGGGAAAAGUAAUUGAGCGGAGAACUUAACUGAUUAUGAGUGAAACGCAUAUUCAAUUACUAUAAAUUAA